AUGGAGACCGGUUCAUUCCAUUCAGGCUCUGGUGGCUCAUACACGGUCUCCUGUGCUUCCGACCACGACGAGUCGACCUUCCUCAAGAAAAAUCGUCAUCUUGGCUGGAUCCAACUGGGUGUCUCGAUCAUCUGCCUCAGCUGCGCGCUCGCGGCAGUCGGCUGCGAAGCCGUACCAUACCAGCACUACCGCAGCACAUCCGCCUUCGAAGAAGCAGGACUCGCCCUGUGGCCAUUAAACUUCGACCUGCAACCGACAAUCGCAAUCUUGUCGUGCGGCUGCGUAAUCGCCCUUCAGAACCUGGUGUAUAUCAUCGCUGCUCUGCUGCCUUCGCCCCAUUCGCACAUCCGGCGUCUCAACAUCCUCGCUUCAGGCACGGCGUUUGCCGGACUGCUAGCCGCAACAAUCGGUCUUGCGUUCUCGAUCUACCUGCCCCGAUCCACGUACCCGGAUGGGUUCUCGCAGAACGAAACGCUGCACUCGUGGACGUGCAAGUGGAAGGCUCUCGGGAGCGUCACCUCGAGCGAGGACGCGGAUGUGCAUGCGCCGACGCAUUUUGCGAGGGACUGUAGGGAGACGCAGGCGGCAUUUGUGAUUCUGGCGCUGCUGGUCGGGUUGGAAGUUGUGCGGGGUGUUGUGGCUCUUGCUGCGCUCUGGCUGGACCGGAGUGUCGUCAAGCAGAGAGAGGAUAGUGCACAGUUGGAGAAGAUACGGAUUGCCGUGAGGAAGGUGAAUGGUGUAUAG